UCGCCAUGUCUUGGUCUCCGGCCGUCUUCUUCGGCUGCGCGCUGGCUGCCCUUUUCGCACCAGGCCUAGCUCUGGAUGUCAAGGACUUUGCCUAUGACUACGCCCCGUAUCUCCGCUUCGAUAGCAAGGAAGGGACGGGCGACCGGUGCCCCCACAACGCCUCCGACUACUACCACGUGCGCAAGGCGGGCGACGCGUCCCGCCAGUGCAACGAGGACUAUGCCACGGUGUCCAACGGCGACAUCCCCACCUACUGGCACGCCAUGACAUGCGGCUACCACCUCCACAUAGCAUACUGGACCUUCUACGGCUACAACCACGACUGCGACUGCUGCUCCGGCGAGCGAGACGCCUGGUGGGAGUUCGUCGUCGUCAAGGUCCGUGACUGGGACCUGCAGCCGCACAUGCACGAGGUCAUGUUCGGCCAGAAGAAGGGCUGGUACACGAGAAUCCCAGGUCACUACGAGGUCCACGACACCACGCACCCCGUGGCCUACGUCGGCAAGACCUCCCACGGGACCUACCACGACGACGGAGGCACCGGCACCUGCUGCUACUUCGAGGACUUCAGGAACCCGGGUUCGUUGAUGCGUUGGAAGUUCUGACUCCACA